AUGAUAGGUGUCGUUGAAGUUGCGAGGGCGUCCGCGCGGUCGUCUCAAGAUCAAGGUCUCUGUGCAGACGCGAGGCAAGGUCACCCAUUCCCCGCACCCCUCGCCGCAGUCCCCCCUUCCCCUCCCGCCUCAAUACCCCUCUCGUGCCCAGUACGCCUUGGAAGCGCGCAAAUAUUUGCGACCGUCUGUCCUCCGCGACCGAUAUGCCGAGGUCAGACCGUCAAGCAGACCUUGAAGUAA